CACCACAAACAGUAGCCAGAUAUGACUGCCUCCAACAAACAGCAUCACCAGAUGCACGAACAGCAGCAACGUCGCGGUGGUAGUGAGCCACCGGCACGGCCACCGGCGCCUGCGGUGGAGGCGGUGCUUGCUGCCGCGCACAACGCAAGUGCACGCACGUCUCGCGUUGGUGGUGGUGGCACGCUGCCGGGCCUGAAAGGAGUGCCGUUGGCGCACGGAGGGGCGCAGCGGCUGGACGUGUACCUCAACGGGGAGCAUCUCAUCUUUGCCAGUGCAAACCUCGAGCACUGCCUGCGCAUCUCCCGCAUCACCCGGCAAUGGGACCUCAUCGACCAUGUGGAGCUCAUCCCCCUCCACCCAUCAACACUUCCGAAGAAACUCAAUGCGCAGUCUGCGGUGCCGCGAACGGCUGUGCCGGCGUCCGUGUGCUGCAGCGACCGGAGCGUCGUGGUGAAGGAGCAGCCGCGGCGGUCGGCGCACGUGGCCGCGGACACAUUGGCCAAACUGCAGCGCCGCAGCCUUCCAAAUGGGGAAACCCGCAGCACCAAUGGCCGUGGUGGUGGUAAUGGUGGUGGUGACGCUGAGAAGGGAGAGGCGCAUGCUGGGACAGAGGCAGGUGCCAUAAACGGUGGCAGCCGUGGGACAAGCACUGCGACAGAGCAGAAAGAUGGUAACAAAGGAGGUGGUGGUGGUGUGGCUGAUGGCUGUGCUGGUGUUGAUGAGGAGGACGAUGUGACGCCUCCGCUUGAUCCGGCCACACGCCGCAUAUGGGAUCGGUUGCACAGGAGACACGUCAAGGAGAUCAAGAAAAUGUUUUCGCUGCAGCAGGGCGGCGGGUUCCUCUUCUCCCUCUCAGGACACAUCCUCAUGAGCAUGCAGCAUCUUGCGGCGCUGAGCGAAGACGACCUCACCCGCCCGCUCCUCCCCCACUGCGACCGCCACUGGUGGAACAAGCGCAUGCAAAGCGAUUUGUACGCGCGUGCACGUGCGCAGGACCCGCCUUCCUCUUCCUCAAAGUCGUCGUCUUCACUCUUUGCUCCGUGGAUCCUGCCAGUCGUGCAGGGGUUUUUCCACCGCCACCGGGUGAAUGUUGGGGACCACCACAUCUCCAUCACCGUCAUCUCCCGCCGCUCCCGGCACAGGCUCGGAUGCAGAUACAAGCGGCGCGGCGUGGAUGCAGACGGUCACGUCGCAAACAGCGUCGAAACGGAGCAGAUUGUCAUGUCUGGCACCGCCGAUGCGCUGUCGUCAGCGCCGGUGCGGGUGCAGGGCGGCGUCGUGCGCACCAACUGCAUGGACUGCCUCGACCGCACCAACGUCACACAGUCGAUCAUUGCGCGUCGCGUUCUCCGCCAGCAACUCGUGGACAUGGGCAUCAUCGGCCGCCGGGCACCGCUCCCCUCCACGGUCGUGGCCGGCGUGGUGUCGGCGUGGUCGGCGAAUGGAAACGCAAUCAGCAGACAGUACGCAGGCACAGACGCAAUGAAGAGCGAGGCCACGAAAUCAUCCAACAAACUUCUUGGUGCCCUGAACGACGGCCGGAAAUCGCUGACGCGCUACUACCUCAACACCUUCCACGACGCGUUCCGCCAGCAGGCCAUCGAUCUGUGCCAGCGCGCGCGCACGUGCACCGACGUCGCCGGAGAGGGCGUGGCGAUGCAGGACCGAGAGCAGGCCGCGCUGUUUGGGGCGACGAUGACAUUUGUACAGCGCGUGCAGCAGCGGCUGAUGAAGUUUGAUCACGAUGACGAUGACGACGACGGCGACGAUGGUGGUGAUGGUGGUGAAGGUGGUGGUGUCCUUGGUGUGAAUGGAUUGCGACGCAGGCGCCUGUUUAGUCGUGGAAAGCCGACCGUGGGUGCUGGCAAGAAGGCGCCAUCAACGGCAACGCAACAGCGCCGACGUGACGAGAACGGAGAUCGUGACAGCGCGACCACGACAACGACGACAAAGGAAAUGCACGAGAAGAAAUCGACGGAUUCGGAACUGCCGCUCGUUGCGUCGCCCAUGUGGAGGCAGGACGAACACAUUGGCGUUGAAGUGGUUCUUCUGCUCACGAUGCGCUCGCUCAUCAUCGCAUACGUCGACUUCUCCGAAGAGGCCAUCAUCUCCUACACGCGCCUGCCGCUGCACCGCGUGUGCAAGGUUGAGGUCGGUUCACUGAGCGCCACAGACACGCGUGCCCUCGGCCUGUCGACACGCCCCACCUCGGCCACGGGAUUGCUUGCAAGCAGACGCCCGCGCAGGGGCCAAGCAGCAGCCGGGCCAGCAGCGCUACGCAUUUAUGUCAAGAACGACGAUGAGGAUCUUGUGUCGCGGCUGGUGAGCGGAUCAUUCGGCGUCUGGUACUCGGACCUCCUGCGAUUGGGACUCGCAGACACGGACGACGAUGACAGUGAAGAUGACAAUGAUGAUGAGGAAGGUGAUGAUGAAGAAGAAGAUGAUGAUGAGGGGAUACGGCAACAAGGAGAACAACAGCAGCAGGAGAAACAGCAGCAGGAGGAACAGGAGGAGGGACAGCAGACACAAGACCAGCAACAGUCACGCCGUGAGGAGGAGGGUGGUACUGCUGAGAGCGAUUGCAGCGAGAAGGAACAUGCGCAAGCACAAGCAACAGGACAUGAAACGGCCGCCUCCACAGCUGGCAACCACGACGAUGAUGACGAGGAUGACUUUGACUUCACCGCAACCACUUCCAGCACCCAGGACAGCUCGCAACGGCCACCACCCACAUCCUCAUCGUCACCAGCGUCCCGUCGUUCACGUCUGGCGAGCGAUGAUGAUCUGCUGCUGGGCGCAUGUGUACCGCUGUCACCGCAAGUCGCCUCCACGCAGACACAGCGCCGCGGCAAUGACGCUGCUGGCGAUGAUCAUGAUGAUGACAAUGACGGUGACGAUGACAAUGACGAUGACGAUGAUGAUGAUGAUGGUGAUGACGAAGACACGUCCAUGUUUGUGCCGGAACCAGAGACACCGCCAUCCAAUGCAGAACCAGUAGGCAGUGCCACCACCUCGACACCACCUCGGCCUCCUCUCCCUGCAUCACCAAUCACAACACCUUCGUCGGGCACUGCGCCCACCACGAACAGCAGCGCGCGUCGACCCCAGCGACCAGCACCACCACGUCGACCGCCACCGCCAUCCUCGGCUUCACCACUCCGCCCGCGCCGCCCAACACUGCUCAAGCCCCAGGACCAGCGGCACCUGCAGCACGCCGCACCGCCGCUCUCUGUUGGCGGGAAACACAUGCACUUUUCCUGGUGCACGCUUCGCCCUGUCCAGUUUAACAGCAGAGGCCACCUCGAGCCAACCAACAACCAAGACGUGAUUGAGUCUGUUGCGCGCGGAUUUCAGGCGGUGCUGCAGCGCGGGCGCCACCGGUUCCAGCUCAAGUUUGUCAAGACGCUGACGCAACACCUGAGAGUCAUGGACCUCUCCCAUCCCCAGGGGCAGUCUGCACUGCCGCGAAUGGACAACGUGUGUGGUGGUGAUCAUGAUGGUGGCUUUCAAAGCGGCAUCUUCUUCGAUGGCGACGAUGACCUGUUCAGCUCACCACCGCCGCCGCCACCACCACCCUCCUCCCACUACGACUUCCAACAGCAUCAUCAACAACAGUGCGAGCCGCAAGGGUACUUUGAUGCCCCUGCGCCGUGCACACCUGCAAACCAGCACGAUAACCUCAACACCCCAUACCACAACGACCAACAACAGCCCCAGCAGCAGCCACACCUGCCUCCCGCGCCCCCUCUGAAGAAGACGGGCUCAUGGCACAAUCCCGCCUUUGAGCGCGUGCUUGCCGCAGUCCCGCCCACGGGCGUGUGCUCCAACCAGCAGUCUGGGACGACCAGCCCCAUCAUGAUCGACGCGUCCCGGCGCGAGUCCAUCGCCAGCAGCUCAGAUGGCCUCAACGAGCGCAUGCAGACGGUGACCCUGCAGGACGCGGCGUCCAACGCUGCUGAUGAGCGUGGUCGGUCGCUGCUGCCCGGAUCGCGCGCAUGCAGCGAUGCCGCGCCCUCCAACAGCCCAUAUGCGCGCUUCUCCACGCCAAGCCGCCACGGCUCGCCCAUGAUCGUCGGUGCUCACGCUGGUGGUGGUGGUGGUGGCCACCGUUACACCCAGGCAUGCUACUCGCCCGCGUCAGUUGGCACACACUCGCCCCAGCCGACACCGAUGAUGGGGUCGCCCGCGCUCCUGCGACGCCGCAAGGCCGUGUCACCUGGCCCCUCCAUGCACCAGCCGCAGCCGUUUGCAGCGACACCGCGCCCAGGCACCGCACCCUCCGCCUCGACCACGCGGAGGCCGUUUGGCGACAGCACGCUGUGCAUCACAUACGCCUAUGGUGGCAACAACGACAACAACAACAACAGCAGCACCAGCAGCAGUAGUGCCAACACUCCAAGUGGUGGCGCCUCGUACCGCUCACCGCUUCGUCCGCCGUCGCGCGAGUUCAAUGGCAGCGGCGGCGGCGGCAGCCACCUCUCGCCGCUCCGCUCCCCUCUCGCUGCCUCGGCUGCAACAACAACAGCAGCAAACACAGCAACCACAACAACAGCAGGGGUGACGGGCGGGACGGGGCCGCUGCUGAGCCCCAACAACCCGUACGUGCUGGCCACGGUGCCGCGCGGGCUGAGGAACGGCGACAUUCGGCGGUCGUCGUCGUCCACCACCAUCACACCCGGUGGCCAUGGCGGUGACGUGGAGGGCCGUGCAGGUGGCAGUGGCGUGUUCACGUUCCACAACCAGUACGAUCAUCAGCAGCACCAGCGCCACGUGUAUGGUCAGCAAGCGGCGGAAGAAGAGGAGCAGAACGGCGACCAGCAGUAUGAGCAGCUGUACGAGCACCAACGGCUGCAGCUGCACCAGCACCAGCAGCAGCAAGGGCGUAGUCCGUACCACCAACCAUCGCAACACCAAGCAUUCCAACAACAAGCAUCGCAACACCAAGCGUCGCAGCAGUACCAGCAGCACGACUGUUUCCAGCGUGCGCGGCCGCUCCGCAUCGGAGACAGCGAAGACGCACGUGACACCGCCCUCAGCGGCGACACCAGUGGCGGUUGGAGCUCCAACGCACGUGCAUCGCCACCGUCACCGCCACCGUCGUCCAGCAAAGGCCACUCGUUGAGCGCCAUGAUCUACCUUGGCCGGAGCAUCAAGAAGGGUCACAGUCACGCUGGGAGCGGCAGUGACGGUGUUGCAGCAGGAAAUUGCAAUGGCCAGGCCGACACAACCCACGCGCGUGACAUGACGCAAGCACCAACCCACACCAACACACAGGCCAACAGCGGCAACAACAGCGGUUACGGUAGCAACAACGGCUACGGUAGCAACAGCACCAUGGGCGCCGCGACCCCGAGUCGAGCGUCCCCUCCGCCGGUGUCGUCCAUCACCACGUCUUCGUCGUCGUCCUUGAUGCGUCGCCGCCGCCCGCGCAUGGGCAGUCUUCCCUCGGACCGGAUGUUUAUUCCCAAGUUCCCGGACUUUGAUGACGACGCCCGUGCUCCCACCAGCAGAAGACAACAACAACAACAACAACAACAACAACAACAACAACAACAACAACAACAACAACAACAACAACAGCGGCAGCAGCAGCAGCAGCAGCAACAACAACAAGUGUCUCCGCUGGUGUCGCCGCGUCGGCCAAAACCAAAGCGCCGCACGUCCCUACCGGUCGAUUUGUCGGCAGUGGUGGAGGAGGAGCUGUUUGAUCCGCAAUCGCCCAUCGAAGUGGACGGAACCAUGCGCCGGAAACGCCCCUCUGUCACGUCGUUGCAUGCAGGCAGUCGCCACGACAGCCGACACGACAGCUGCAGCACGAGCAGCACCAACGUCUUCUUCCACCGUGAGCAAUCACCACAACCCGCGCUGCAUCAACCCCACCACCAACACCAGCAGCAGUACCAACCGCCCCUUGCACGUCAAGAUUUCCCCCUGCCGCCCGCCCCACAUACGGAGGCCACGUCCCCUCAGUCGGACGGGUGCGACGACGACAAUGACACACACGCGCGCAGCACCGGCGGCACCACCACGCCCAAUAUGGAGACCACCACCGGCCGCAACGCGCUCGCUUCUCCCCCGCCCGCAGCUUCAGCAACAGCGCUGCUUGGGUUUGGGAUGGAGUGUGCGGUUGGGCCUGUGCACCAGCGCACCCGCCGCGCAUCCAUGCAGGCCGUGCUGGCGCCCAUUCCAGAGACCCACGGCAGAGGUGACGGUGAUGGUGAUGGUGGUGGUGAUGGUGGUGAUGGUGAUGAUUGUCAUCAGGAGCGGUGGUGA